GUUUCCUGUUUUCUCCUAUCUUUCUCUCUCUUAAUUCGCCGUUGCAGUUACGAAGGUAGGUACAGUUAGAGAGAGAGGGAAAAUUAAAUUAAAAAAUAAAACUAAAAUGAGUGACCAACCGAUUACUACUGAAGACCCUAACGACUUUACUUCACCCGACGCCGCAAUAACUACCGUUACUGCCGUUGAAACCACCGUUAAACGGUCAUCCAGUCGGGUUCGGGGCCCAUGGUCACCUGAAGAAGAUGCUAUUCUUAGCGAACUUGUUAGUAAAUUUGGGGCCCGGAAUUGGAGUCUUAUAGCCCGUGGAAUUCCGGGUCGCUCCGGGAAGUCUUGCCGUCUUCGUUGGUGUAAUCAACUUGAUCCUUGCGUCAAACGCAAACCUUUUUCUGAAGAAGAAGACCAGAUUAUCAUUUCGGCACAUGCAAUUCACGGAAACAAAUGGGCGUGCAUUGCAAAACUUCUGCCAGGAAGAACAGAUAAUGCUAUCAAAAACCACUGGAAUUCAACUCUGAGGCGAAGAUAUGACUUUGGCAAGUCAAUGGGAGAGGCGAGCACUGAUAGAAACAAGGAUUCCUCUGAAGAAACCAUUUCAGGGGAAACCAAUUCUUUCAAGGCUGUUGAUGGAAGACAAGAUCUAAAACAAGACAUAAAUAUGAUGGAUAACCAAUGUGACCAAUCCGAAUGUCAGGCUUCACCCAUCCGGAGUUUACACCCAUAUACACAACCAGAAAUCCAACCUCAAAUUAUGCAUCCAAGUCAUCACUAUGUCAUUGCCCAUCCUCCCGUUUUUCCUUAUUUCGUCAAACCUACACCCGUAGAACCUCCUACUCUCUCUCGUCCGGUUGCACGCAUUGGUGCUUUUAAUAUGUAUCAACCUCCGUCUGAAUCAACACCCACCGCUCCACCUCCAAGGCCCGUUCCUGUGCAGGGUCCUUUAGUGAAUGCCUUCCCCGACUUUGGUGUCUCCAAGUUUCUUGAAGGAAUCCAAUGCGAGCCCAUUAUCCCAUCACGAUGUGGUCAUGGAUGCUGCUCUAGUCCAACUGGUAUUGAAUCCCGAACCUCAUUGUUAGGGCCUGAAUUCGUUGACUAUGAAGAGCCUCCUUCCUUCUCAAGCCAUGAGUUAGCCGCGAUAGCUACUGAUUUAAACAAUAUAGCAUGGAUCAAAAGCGGACUAGACGGAUGUGCUAGGCAAACAGAGGCUCCACUGGAGAGAAAAGACUCAGAUAACUCGAAGCAAUGCAUACAGAAGACUAACAAUGCACAUUUCGAUGGAGGACGGACUAAACUGAUGGGCAUGAUGUCAGAAGUGAUAUCUACUCAGAUACCGAGACAAACCGUCACAUUGCCAGCUGAAGUCGGGGUAUGAAAUGGAUACAAUCGUUCUAUGAUCGCAGUCGCACUGAUUUUUUGUAUAAGUAUCGUACAUGUUACGGUGAGAUUUGUGAGGUGAAAAUGAUGAUGAGGCUAUUUUUCUUAUCUAUAAUCUAUGAUGAUAUCCCCAGACCCUGAUCAUAAUUUCCUAUGAGCGGAAUACACCGUAUAUGAUAAUGAUAAUCUAUACUGAUAUACAAAAAGUGUGAGACUCUACUCAAAUUUUGGUCCCUAAUACAUGAAUGCUCUUGCUUUGAAUAUGUUAGAAGCUUUGGAGUUAUUCUGGGAGAACUAAAAUCAGUUAAUCAGUUAUAGUAAUGGUUUUUUAUAAGUACAUGUAAAUUUUUCUCUCAUAAGAGAUGGAACUGUGAAAAUUUUGGAUAUUGAGAUACAAUAAAUAAUUAAGUAGUAAUCUUUU